ACUCAGCAUUCGGCAUUCGCAUCAGGAGUUCAGGACGCUGCCGUCGUGCGCGAUGUUCCUGCGGCGGCUCAGAACUUCCGCCGCCCUCCGUCGCGGCGCGAUUGACGGCGGCGUCCUAGCCGCCCUACGGGCCGAGCUCGCCCAUGAGCUUCCCUCAUCCGCCCCCUCCGUUCCCCCUCCCUUCCAUUGCCAGGACGCACCUGAUUUCGUCACCGUAUCGGACGCCCCGCUUGCUGGGGACUUGCUCCUGCGCCGCCGGGCCGAUUCCGAGGAGGUCCUCGUGUCGGCGCUGCUCGCGCCGCUGAUGUUUGAAGGCCAGGAACCCCUGCCCAGGGACUUGCUCAUAAAGGUGUUCGUCAGUAAGCUUGGUGCGACGCCGGUUCUGCACUUCAACUGCCGUGCGUUUUGGGCUGAGGGGAAAGCCGGCGGUGCUGACUAUGUUAUUAACGCCGUCCGGUACCACUCGUCUCCUGGCGACGAUGGAGAAGACAAGUAUGAAGGCCCGGAGUUCAGAGAUUUGGAUCCUCGACUAAAGGCUGCAUUGCAAGAAUAUCUGGUAGCAAGAGGCAUCGACUCCAAACUGGCAAGCUCAAUUCUGCUGCAUUUGCAUCAGAAGGAGCGCACCCAGUAUUUGAAUUGGCUGAAGACUAUGGAAGAGACAUUCGCCAAAGAUCAUUGAUCCAAUCAUCUCUCUACCUCUAUCAAUCUUCUCUGGCUGAGUUAAACGUAUACAUUUAUUUUGGUCAUGUUGCUCAAUCUGUGAUUUUCUUGAACUCAUCUUUUGUGCUAAUCACCUGUUGAUUAUUUAACUGAUCUUCUUGUGCUCUUUUCUAUGGAAAAUCACCUGUUUCAUCUUUUUUGGUAA